AUUUGCCUACUUGGAGUGGGGAUGAGUUUGGAGCGGGUUCUGUGAAAUGCCUUACCAUGAUGUUGCCUGAAUGAUAACGCAAUCGGAUGAGUGAGGACGUAACAGGCCGCUAAGACUUAUAGACACACUGAAGGAAAAGCAGGUGGGAUAGAACACACCUCAUGCGUGGGCUCAGAGAGGGUCCGAGGCUGUACGGAUCAUCUGACUAAGAUGGGUGUUCUCCAGCUCCACAACCCCACCCUCCCCGCCACGCUCCUGCACAGGGCCAAUCAUAUGCGUCUGUCGGGAACGCUGUGUGACGUCAUCAUCACGGUGGAUGGCCAGGAGUUCCCGGCCCACCGCACCGUCCUGGCCUGCACCAGCAAGAUGUUUGAGAUCUUGUUCCACCGCAGCAGCCUGCGCUACGCCCUCGACUUCCUCUCCCCCAAGACCUUCCAGCAGAUCCUGGAGUACGCCUACACGGCCUCCCUGCAGGCCACGGCCGAGGACCUGGAUGACCUGCUGUACGCCGCUGAGAUCCUGGAGAUCGAGUACCUGGAGGAGCAGUGCCUCAAGGUCCUGGAGACCAUCCAAUCAGAGGAGAAGCAGGACCACCUGAGUCUGAGUGGGAGGAACCAUGGGUCUGGAGAGAGUGAACAAAGCAGGGCAAGGCACUGGAGAAACAUGCUAAUCUCCAAGAAGCAUUCCAUGCAGGAGGGUGGUAUCAACCCCACCGCCCUGCACCACCUGGCACUGUACCACAUGACUGACAGGAGUCCCUCUAUGCCAGGGGGACUACCUAUGGGGCUCCCUGUAGCUAGUCCCACACAAGUUGGAGGGCUUAGUCUGGAGGGCCUGGGUCAGUCUCCACUACAGUACAGCCUCAAUGGAGCACAGCACCCCUCCCUGCCUCUGACUAAGAGGAUAAAGACAGAGGACAAUAACAUGCAGGUGGAUGAAGUCAAUAGCUACGAGGGCCGGUCCUCCAGCGGAGGGGAGGGAGGCUUUGAAUCGGACCAGCCCAGAGAUGAGGGCCCGGGGACCCCCCAAAGAGGCAGUGUCAUCACCUCGGCUAGAGAGCAGCACUCGGGCCAAGAGGAGGGGGGCAUAGUGGGGAACAACUCUCCUCUGGACAGUUUCCCUGGGCUGGCUGAGAAACACCUGGCCUCCCUCUACUCAUCCAUGCCCUCCAAUCACAUAGGGGAGGUGGGGUUGCCUAUGCCCAUGUCGGUGGCCCCUUCCCUAGCCAUGUCCCUGGACCUGAGGGCCUACGGGGGACUGCUGCCCCAGGGCCUGCUCCACAGGGAGAUCCUCAGCAGGCUGGGCCAGUUUGCAGCAGGGAUGAGGCGGGAGGGCCAGAGUCAGAGUCAGAGCUGUGGGGACUGUGGUCUCCAGCUGCAUAACAAAGAGGCCAUGGAGCAACACAGGAAGCUGCACAGUGGAGGCGAGAAGGGACACGGCUGUGAGUUCUGUGGCAAACGCUUCAUAGACAGUGUACGGCUCAGGAUGCACAUGCUCUCUCACUCAGCUGGAGCUGAGGCCCUGGUGUGUGAUCAGUGUGGAGCUACAUUCUCUGCUGAAGACGCUCUGGAGGCCCACAGACAGACACACACAGGGACAGACAUGGCAGUGUUCUGUCUGCUGUGUGCCAAGCGGUUCCAGACCCAGAAGGCUCUGCAGCAGCACAUGGAGGUCCAUGCAGGGAUGCACAGCUACGUCUGCAGCCACUGUGACCACACCUUCCCCAGCCACACCACCCUCAAACGCCACCUGCGCUCACACACAGGUGACCACCCGUUUGAGUGUGAGUUCUGUGGGAGCUGUUUCCGGGACGAUGGCAUGUUGAGGGGACACAAACGUAUCCACACGGGAGAGAAGCCUUACGAGUGUAACGGCUGUGGCAAAAGGUUCAGCCUCAAGCACCAGCUGGAGACCCACUACCGCGUACACACAGGUGAGAAGCCAUUUGAGUGCAAGAUCUGUCACCAGCGAUCCAGGGACUACUCUGCCAUGAUCAAGCACCUGCGCACCCACAACGGAGCGUCGCCCUACCAGUGUACCAUCUGCCAGGACUUCUGCCCCAGCCUGGCAGCCAUGCAGAAACACAUGAAGAGCCACAGACCCGAGGAUGUGCCCCUGGACUGGAGGAUAGAGAAGACCUACCUGUAUGUAUGCUACGUCUGAGUAGGACUUAGACACUAAGACACACUAUCCUAGGAGUGGACAGGUUUUUCAUCUUAUUAUUUCCUCUAAAGAAAAGUAAGUUGAUCAUUUCUGUGGUUUGAUUGCUUUUAUCGCGAAUUGCCACAAUGAUCUGUCAUUACAUUAAACCUCCAUAUGUGUUGAAGACUGAAAGACUACUGGUCAGGUUACCACAGCAGUGAAAGUGUUAUCUGUUAUUACAUUAAACCUCCAUAUGUGUUGAAGACUGAAAGACUACUGGUCAGGUUACCACAGCAGUGAAAGUGUUAUCUGUUAUUACAUUAAACCUCCACAUGUGUUGAAGACUGAAAGACUACUGGUCAGGUUACCACAGCAGUGAAAGUGUUAUCUGUUAUUACAUUAAACCUCCACAUGUGUUGAAGACUGAAAGACUACUGGUCAGGUUACCACAGCAGUGAAAGUGUUAUCUGUUAUUACAUUAAACCUCCACAUGUGUUGAAGACUGAAAGACUACUGGUCAGGUUACCACAGCAGUGAAAGUGUUAUCUGUUAUUACAUUAAACCUCCACAUGUGUUGAAGACUGAAAGACUACUGGUCAGUGAAAGUGUUGCACUAGAAGGGAUAUUGAGUUCUAUCUGCUGUGACUCUGAUUGUGAGACUUAGAACUUCUCUGGUCGAAUUGCAGUACUAUUGCCACCCUUACUACGUAGAUUGGUUGAGACAAACAAACAUUUCCUGGGUUAUUAUUUCCUGUCACAUUUCCUGUUAUUGAUUUUUUGGGGUGUUUGUUUUUUGCAUGUUUUACUUGAAUGGUCUCCAUAAGCUUGAUUUAAUUUGUGUCUUAUUUUUCCAGUGCGCAUAGUAAGCAUAUAAUUUCCCCUACCUGUCAGUUAGUCUAUCUGCUCAUGCUGAUUGACAAGCAUUAAGGCGUAACAGGUUUUGCUAUUUAUGUCAUGCAUCGAUUUUGUUACCAAAUAGGUGUUGGUUAUUUUUACCCAACCACAAGGCCGUUUAUUUUGAUAUUAGAAUAAGCGCUACCUCUUCGAUCUUCAACUUUUGCACAGAGGCAAUAGCACAUCUUAGAACUGGUGUUUUUCAUUGUGUUUUCGUCCACCGUCUGUAGCUUUACCUUCAAAUGUCCUUUUAUAUUGGUGAAGCGGCUUGAAAUGUUCUGAGAAUUAAUCAAUGGAAUUGAUUUGGACGGUUGCCUGUUGGGUAGAAAAAAGAUUUGAAAGCCUUCAAAGUGACUUUUGUGUGAAUCAUUUUUUUAUCAGUAGAAGUAUAGCAGUCUGUUAAACCACAGAAUUAAACCAUUUUCUAAGUGAAAAGAAAGAACAUGUGAGUAAAAGUGUUGUCUUUUUACUAAACGUGAAAGGUUGAAUCACUAAAAGCAGGUUAUCGUCAGUUGUGAUGUCUGUUGCUGUAAAUGUGAUUGUAUCUUGUUCCUAGACGAGAGCCAAAAGAGGGCUUCUCUGAUUUUAAAAUGUUGUAUUUUUGUAUUACAGUGAUCUGCAAUUUGUUUACAUUUGUUUUGAUUUCAGAAACAUCUUUUCUUGUGUGUUUUGUAAGUCUCUGGAGUCUGAUUUGAGUAAGAGCCCUCCCUGUGCCUCUUUUAUAAAUGGAGAAUAGAUGUGCUGAAUACAUGAAUACAGUAUAUGUUUGUUGUAUUGACCGUUGUUGUUCCUGGGUGUUUGUUUAUUGUUGGUGAAGAACUGAUUUUCACUGCCAUGCCAUAGUAGACCCUAUUGUCUAAACAUUGUCAUUUGAAACAAGAUACUUGUUCUAAUGACUAUGGUAUUAUGCCCCAGGCACCUCAAGCCUCAAAGCAAAGUUUACGAGUGAGAUUUUCUUUCAAAAUGUUCUGUCUUGUCGAAUGGGGAUAAAAUGCACAGAAGACACAGAAUACAUAGUGGUAUUGUUAAUAACCUUUAUAAAGCUACAUGUUCAGCAUAUAUGGGUCUAGGUAACACUAUGGCCUUCUAGAACAAAAAGCCAACACUCAAUGCCAUGAAAAGAAUUAAAAGCACCGACUCAUUCUCACUGUACUACUGUUCUAUUCUACAUACACAUGCACUAUAAGGAUCUUAGGAUUUCCGUGGUGGACCAAAACUAACAAAGCUCUUUCAAAAAAGUGUUUUCUUUGAUCGUUCUAUGUUGUAACAAAGCAGAAGUAGUUUUAUUUGGUAUGUGUUCUAGCAGGAUGUGAUGAUCAUUAUUUAGGUAGAUAUUAUGUAAAUGUUUGUCUACCUCAGCACCAGUUCAGUCAGUGCUUGUCCUGGUGUCCAAUCAGGGUUGUUCUUCUUGCCAUGUGUGUUAAAUCCCUUUGCAUUACAGCUUUGUAACACUGUGUGUGCAAGUGUUUUCUCAGUGUGGAUUCAGACACAGCUCUUUUUAUGCAUCAGUGUUCUGUGGCAUGAUGAAAAAAGAAUAAAAUAGAAACUAUUUUACAGUGCAGAUCUUUAUUGUGUCAUCAGUCAAGUAAAGUGAGUUCUUACUGUCUGGUUUUGGUGCAUACUAUUCACAUGCACUACAGGAAUAUGUUCCAUGUUUGAAGAUGUUAUAAAAGACCAAAAUGCUAAUUGUAUGUAGUUCUGUUCUUGAGCUGUUCUUGUCUAUUAUUGUUCUGUAUUGUGUCAUGUUUUGUGUGGACCACAAGAAGAGCAGCUGCUGCUUUCGCAACAGCUAAUGGGGACCCUAAUAAAAUACCAAAAAGAUCCAUGAAGGUUGUGUCAAUAAUAAUACAUUUUAUUUGCACCUUUCAAAAUAAAGUAGCAAAAAAUAAACAUGACAAUAAAAAAGGGUUGUGUUUUCCUGUCUCACUGUAGCAUGCGGCUGAAGUCAGGACAGGCGGUUUGGUGACCCUUAGUGGCACGAUGCCAGACUAACAGCUGGGUGGGUUUGACUAGCUGCUACAGAUGAGGGAAGGGAUCAGUCGCUGCCUCCCUGCCCUCUCUCCCUCUGCUCUACCACACACACUGUUGUGUCCAACACUAAGCAGAAUGGCAGCCAUAUAGUAACUCAAUCCAGUCAAUAACAAGAGGGAAUUCUUCAUCACAGGUGUUGGUGACUGGUCUAUGGUCCACAGAGAGGGAUUCCAUCCAUGCUCUCCUCGGUGAUCUCUCGGUGCUCUAUAAAGGGACUAUGGAAACUACGGACCUCCCCCGUACCCCAGGAAGAACAUCAGACCCAGAGCUUCACUUCAACACAACCCAUAAAACCCAUACAGGCCAUACCUGAGAAGGGUGGAUACAAGAGUAUCUUUAGCCGAUCCCAAGAAAAUCUCCAGGGCCACCAGUAGGGGUCAGUAUGUCACCAUGCCUGUUUGCCAUCCAAGGCUGCAUUUCGCUCCGAGACUGGCGCUAGGCAUGGGGCAGCCAACACCAGACAAAGCCCACUGCCGGUCAGUCAGAGGAUCAUCCAAUCACAGCACAAAGCAAGGCAGACCAGGAGUGCUGGGAGCUGCUCCAGUUAUGAUACACGCUCCUGAGAAAUGCUCUAGUAAACCUGAUAAAGGGAAGAAAACACUGUACAAGGCCACAUCUUCUUCUCCAAGAGUACAGGAGACAUAAGCCACAAGAGUUCCAGUAAUGGUCGCCAGCAAUAUCGCUACUUCACCAAGGAUGGAAUGUGUCGCGGCUCGCCAUACAGCUCCAAGAACAAGAUGUGUGACCUGAUCGGCACCCUGAUGGAUCUGAAGUACAGCUGGAUCCUGUUUGUCUUUACCCUGUGCUACAAUGUCACAUGGACAGCCUUCGCAGAGCUUAACUUCCUGGAUGCCUGGCUGCGUGGUGAUGUGGAACACAUACAAUGUGUUCCACAUACAAACCCGCAAUGGCAGCCAUGUUUUGAGAAGCUGGACAGUUUCCAUUCGGCCCUCUCUAUCUCCAUGGACAUCAUCAAUGGCUACGGCACUAGAGAGGCCUCAGUCAACUGCAUGGACGGGCUGGUUCUCAUGAUGGCACAGUCCAUCAUUGAAUCAGUGUUAGACGUCCUGAUGCUGGGCUACAUCCUGGCUAAGAUAGCCAAGCCUAAGAGGAGGCUGCCCACUUUGUUGUUCAGUCAGCACUGUAUGGUCUGAGAGGGAUGAGAGCCUGUGCCUGAUGUUCAACAUCAGGACUUUGAAAGAGACACACAUGCUGGUGGCAGAGAUUAGAGCCAAGCUGAUCAAAUCUCACCAUACCAAAGAGGGAGAGUUCAUCCUGUUGGAUCAGAGAGAGCUGACUCUGUGGAUGGAUCCAGAUGGAGCCAGGUUGUUCCCAGACCAUGGCGCAUGUAAUUGAUGAACACAGGCCUCUCUGGGGCAUCAGCACUGACUCUUUAAAGUGGGAGACCUUUGAAAACCGUGGUCAUAGUGGACGGAGCCAUGCAAGACGCGGGUUUGUACUGAGAGGCACAGCCUUCCAUGUGAGGACCUCCUACACUGAAUAUGAUAUUCUUUGGGGACAGCGCUUUAAGUCAUACAAGCCAUUAGAUGAGAGAGGGAUUGGGUCCAAUCACAAGACCUCUGAUAAGAACUAUAAGGUCCAGACUGCCACACACAGUGACAAAGAGAUGGCAGUGAGACAUAGACAUAAGAGAUCUCCUGGACACGACACAGACUCUGUCCCCUCCAACAUGUCUACAAGGAAAGUACAUUACCAGUAUUUAUCUGAUCAAAUGUUACUGUGCAACUCAGUCAGUAAUAACAAUGGCACAGGAACUAGGAAACUUAGUAAGAAUUAGUUCUUUAUAUAAAUAUGGACGUUUGACAAGUCGGCAUAGAAGGGUUCAUCAAAGUGAUGAAAUCAAGACACACUGUACAUAUCCUCCAGAAUGUUUAUACAAUGUGAAUAAAUGAAUGACGAUGACCAAUA